CUGCUACAUGCCUUUGUAAAAAAAAAUCCCAGUAAGUGUAUGUUAAUUGGUUUGUGUGAAAUUUAUAUUGUUUACAAACUAUGCAAUAGCAGCAGCAAUAGCAGAACAGAGCAAUACAAAGCAGCAUGUUUCCAUGGUAAAACACAACACAGCACACAGGGUAACCCUUUGAUCGUUCACAUGUUAACUCCUUUCUGCCCAGUGUCAUUAGUACAGUAUCAGUGCUUUUUAUUAGCACUGAUCACUGUAUUAGUGUCACUGGGGGGAAAAGGACAUACAUUUCAACUGGGUGCAGCGUUGCAUGACAGC